UAUCAUUGAGCUACCUUUUUGUCUGUAUAAGGGUCUGUGUUAGAUAAGUUCUGCGACGGUUGGUGUCGGUUCGUCUAUGCAAGGAUAGAUAUACUCGACGUGGAUCACAGGCGCACAGCAGCAACACCGGCUCGCUGCGCCUAUUUAUUCUAUCUUGCUGCUGCUUUGGCGCUUGACAUUGAUGUCGGUGAACUUUCAGCCUCGAGGGACAUCGCUAUCCUUAUCGCGGCUUCCUUAUCGCCCUUGGGCGCCAUGCUCGCUACGCACCUGCAACGUGAAGGUACCCCGGGUGGCCCCAACAGCAGAACCGCCAAGGAUUGACGUACGAGUGCAAGCUGUGCGGGGCAGCAGGGCAGGCGGAAGUGACGGCCGCAGUUUUGAACCCAACGGCGGAUGGACUAACGUCACUGUAGGGGACGAUGAUGGCUCCCUCAUCAACAAGUCUAUCAGCAAGGAACUCCUUCGGUGCAAGAGUGUGGCUGAGCUUGGCGACCUCUUCACAGCCAAUGAGGCUGAAUUGAAUCCCGUCAACGUUGCAACUGCCUGGAUGCAGCUGGGGAAGCUCCAUGGCAGCGGCGGCCAUGGACAGCAGGAUGCAUGUAACGCACUGGGGAAGCGCAUGAUGGGCAAAACGCUGGCCCUGGUGCACCAAAUGCAGCUCCGACAGCUGAGCUCCACACUCUGGGGCAUGACCAAGGCCAGCUUCGCCCUUGAUAAACAUCCCCUCGGAGCCUAUUUUUUAGAGGCUGCAGGGCAAGUGCUGUUGAGCCUUGUGAAUGAAAAUGAGAGCUGGCCCGAUGUGAAUAUAUCAAUGGUGUGGUACGCCCUGAGCAAAGUGUCGUACCAUUGGGACAAGAAACUUUUGGGCUCCAUUGCAAGGAAGUCGCUGGAGGAUGUGGACAGCUGGGAGGACCCUAAACUACUGGCGCAGAGCAUGGCAGGCAUGGGUUAUACUGCAGUUGCCCUAACUGCCAGCCAAAAAGGCAAACUGGUCGAGGCAGUCACGCGGAUCACGCAUAACGCCAGGGACACGCGGGAGUUUUGCAGAGCCCUGGAGUUCAUCUUGUCUGGUGCCUGUAACUUGAAGCUGCACCUCCCGUACAAAACUUUACGGCAACUUCACGACACCGCUCUUGGGAUGCCUGUUCCGUACGCCCUGGAGCUCCGACGAGUCAACUUCGCCAUAGUUCUCCGCCGUGCCUGCCAGCUGGGCUUUCAGCCAACCCCUGAGGAGACCGACCUGUGGUGCAAUCGGCUGUUGAACGACUUUGGCACUAACUGGACGUGCAAGGAGCUCACGUGGACCAUGUUGGCCCUCUCUUCCAUGCCAGGCUACAAACCGCCGCCUGAUGUGCUACAGCGCCUUCGCGCGCAGCUGCUGACAUUGCGCAACUUUAGUGAGGAG